AGAAGAAUGUUCUUUAGUACGAAAGAAUUACUUAGCGAGCAAGUUUGCUGUCACAUAAUAGUUGUAAAAAAUUGACCCGCCGCCCAUAAAUGAUCUGGCUGAUGCCAUGAUUAAUUGUUAAUAUCUAUCAGUUGUUGGAAUAUUAAGCUGGUGUUGAAAAGCUAUCAACUCGGAAUAAAAUGGCUAAAAAUCAUAAUGUCACCUCCCUUCCACUCCCCGCUGUCGUACACUCGUCAAUCACAGGCAUGAACAAACACCACGUGGUGAACGGAGGAGGCCAAGUAAACCAUGCAUCUCCUAUGUCAGCUACAAUGGCCACACAUUUCACAAUAAACGCCGCUGGCGCGCCGUCACCGGUGAAAAUUACAGUUCCGACAGGGGUGGCGUCGGCUCAGAUGUUGGGUACAAGUGGGAUGAACCAAGCUGUGGUCGCCCAGUCAUUGCGUUUUACUCCUGAAGUGAACAGUUCAGUGGUAGUAACUGCUGUCCAGCCAAACCUGCAUGGAAGCCACUUAGGCGUUGUGCAACCUGUGAUCGCAAACAGUCCGCAAAAAGUGAAAGUGGAGGAUGCUCUGAAUUAUCUGGACCGAGUCAAGUCUCAGUUCGGAUCCAGUUCAGUCUACAAUGAUUUUCUAGAAAUCAUGAAGCAGUUUAAAUCUCAAUUGAUUGACACUUCGAUUGUCAUCCAGCGAGUGUCGGAACUGUUCAAAGGACACGGAAGUCUUAUCACGGGGUUCAAUGCCUUUCUGCCUCCCGGAUACCGCAUCUACUACAACAAUGGCAAUGUACAAGUCGUAACUCCUGCGGACACAGCACCAAUUUCGAUAGUUGCAACUCCGUCGCCAUCUGACGCCAAUUUGACCCCAUCGAACCCGCCUGGUCAUGGUGUUAGGCCCAACGCUUUGCCCUUUCUCAACCAUCCUCCUCAGAAGCCCCAGAUGCAAGUUAUAACACCGCACCUUUCACCAGCGCCAGGAAACUCGAAGCUGGUUUCAACAGCAGUGAACUCAGUGAAGGGGCGUGCAGCCAAACUGAAAGAAACGAAAAAUUCAGAUAAUACCCCUGUGAGCGGUUUAAUCAAAACGGAAGAGCAAACUUCAGCUGAGUUUGAUCGGGCUGUUAAUUUUGUGAACCGAAUAAAAGAGCGUUUUGCGGAUGAACCUGGUGUAUACGACUCGUUUCUUGAGAUUUUGAAAUAUUACAAAGACCAAGACUUAGGAACUGAGAAGAUGCCACUUAUCGGCAAAGACCUCUAUGAAAAGGUGUCCUCUCUGUUCAAGAACGACAAGGAUUUAAUGGCCGAGUUUGCCAAUUUCCUCCCUGAUAUGAUGUCUGGAAUGCUAGCUGGACAGAAGAAACGACCGCAGUCUUCUGGACAGAUGAGAUCACAGAACCCUGAAUUCACCCAGACCACUGUACGGGAAAAUCGACCGCCGGUCAAGCACAGUAGGAGGAGGACCCAGAGCAACGAAUUCGAAAGCCCAACGUCCAGGUUCUCCUCUAACAGUUUGAUAGCUUCUCGUGAUUUACUUAAUCCCGGAGUAGUUCAUGAAAUGGUUUCCGAUAUCCCGCGGAAGAAAAGUAAAACUGUAGAGCAAUCAGAUAGGGUUAACUUGGUUAAUACAAGGAGUGAGUUUGCCAUGUUUGAUGAAAUCAGAAAUAUGUUGCGAGCUAGGACAGAUAACGAAUCUGCUUACAAUGAUUUCAUUAAGUGCAUGUAUAUGCUGAAUAACAAAAUUAUCACCAAAAAGGAGUUUAUUCGGAUGAUUUUGCCGCUGAUCCAGCUUUCUGAAGACCAGAAUUGUAGCGUUGCUUUCGACUGGCUUGUCCAGUUUCUGGGUUUGAAAUCCAGUGAUGCCGAGCAUAAAAUUACCGGUGAUCGUUUUCCUCUCCGGACUCACCAGAUGCGUUUGACGGAUAAAGAUAACGAACUGGAGAGCAAUGAUGACGGAGAGUCUACAGAUGAAUUCGAAGAAGAGUUACCGCCAACGUGUAAAAAUGUUGACCUGAAAUUAAGAAAAACAUCGAACGGCCAUUUGCCCACUCUCGGAAGACCAAAGACAAAGACUGAAAACAGUAGUAAGGAAAAUUCUAUUGCUCCGAAGAUGAACAAAGCCGCAAAGAUGGAGGAGGAGCCUGUAGCGACCCUGUGCAAUAAUUCAGAAGUGAUGGUUGAAUUUGUAUUUGAACCUUUAGACUUGUACGCCUUGCCCAAACAUGGAACCAGUUACCGUGUUCUACCAAAGGAAGAAACAGAAGCCUCUUCAUUCAAUAGUGUUAAAUUAGAGCCUGCAAUAUUAGAAUGCAUUAACACGCAGUACAGAUCUGUAUCAUCAGCCGCAGAACAGAGCUCAUAUGUGCCUGCCUCUAGUAGAAAGAGGUACAGUCAAGACUACAUGAGUCGUAUUGAUGAUGAGCGCUUUGAGCUAGACUUGAUGAUGGACGUGAAUAGUGCUGCUAUUAAGAGCAUAGAGGCACUGCAAAAGGCGGUUUCGAAGACAUCAGGUGCCGCUGGAGACCUGAAAAGCGUAGAGUUACGGAAUGUUUUGAGUUCGGUAAGUACAGCCAACUUGAAAAGUGCACUUGUUAGAUUAUACGGCGAUAGGUAUCCGGAAAUAUUGGAAAGUCUGUUCACGACUCCGAAAAGUUCAUUGAGUGUAGUGAAGUCGCGCCUACGCAAUCGCCAAGACCACUGGGAGCAGAGGAAGAAAGAGUUCACUAAAGUUUGGAAUUCACUAUAUAGUAAACAUGCUCUGCGUGCCUUAGACCUGCGGAGCAGCUCAUAUAAACAGUCUGAUCUGAGAAACACCAAGUCGAAAAAAUUGAUCAAUGAUGCAGAGCAGGCGAGAAUGUCAGAGGAAAGUGGUGUCGACUAUCUUCCAUCUGCAAUUACGGUCAGAUGCCUGGAAGACGACAGACCGUGGACACCUCAUCUGAAGCUAAAAUACGAGAGUUCUCAAGCAAUCAGAGAUGCGGAUAGACUAGUCAUCUACUACUUGAAAAGAAAUGUCUCCAGUCGAGCAGAGAAGUGGCGCAUGAAGAGACUCUUGCGACAUUUUUUGAAAGAUUUGACGUCACUGGAGCGAGCCGAAAUGUCUGAUGAUGAACUAGGCGUAGACGAGGGCUCCGAAUUUGGCGAUGAAAUGAUGAGUAGCGGUACUUUUGAAGAUGGAGGUAACAGGCCGCACAGGGCAAAAGAAAGUGGAACCAACAAUGGUCUAACCAAUUAUACCACCAUUAGUGCAAUGACAAGUAGCAUGGCAUGUUCGAGUUACAUUCGAGACGAGUCGUCUUCAGUUAAUGCUCCGCCUUUUCCUUUCGCCCUGAUCAGUUUUCUCUGCACCAACAACUGGUACCUAUUCUUUCGUCUGCACAUCAUGCUCGCUAAUAAAUUAGCCACCCUGUACAGUAAAUGUGAGGCUGCAGUUGAGUCUCAGAAGAAUGCCACCGCAGUCGACGCAAAUCGGGGAUCAGAGUCAAUGGACAAGAAGAGAGGUGUCGCAAUUUCACUGGAACUGAAGAAACCACAGAAGACUUUCAGUGGUGCUGAGGAAGUAUACGAGGAGUUACUGGAUGCGAUAUGUGAUAGAAUGGACAAUAAGAUCGACUCAAAUCAGUUGGAGGAUCUGGUCAGAGCAAGACUGGGUCUCAAUGCAUAUGGCGUGUUCACAAUCGAUAAAUUCAUACAUGCUACUGCGCGCCAGUUGCAGUUAAUAGUGUCCAAUCAAGAUAAUGUCUCCUGCCUUAAUUUGUUCUUAGAGAUGAACCAAAUCUUGAUCAGGAGUAAGUGGAGAGAGGAGAGCAAAAGGCAACUGGAGCAGCAAUAUGCAGUGCAGUUAGCAGAAAAAGUAGGAAAGCAUUGCAACAUUUUCCGUCUUGUGUUUGAAGAAGGCGAUAACUGCGUGGGGUUAAAUGUACGACUGGAAAUGUCAGAACAAGACCUGCAGCAGUCGGACUUUUGCGACCUGACUUGGAAUGAUGUUGUGAAAAAUCAAUUGCCUAAAGACAUUCAAUUGCUUUUCAAUCAAGCUGUGAUGUCCUCUGACAGUGAUGAAAACCCAGUGAAAAGAAAAGCCUUAUUUUUGCCUCGGAUGAUAGCAAGAGGACUGGACUCUGAAGAACUGGAUAACUGGGGCGAAAAGAGGGUGGUCUAUAUCUCGGACAAAAACAAAGCUACUGAGAUGAAAACAAACGAAAGUUGUAAUAUGGUAGACAUGCAACAUCCGUUUCUGUGUUAUCGAAGAGGUCGAAACAGAUCAGAUAGAAAUGCCUUAGAAAUGUCAUGGAGAGAAAUUAGACGCUCCAAAUUUAAGCAAUUCGUGCUGAGAUCACGUGCCGCCGCCUUACAAGAGAACAAAGUUAAUGUCUUUUCUUGCGAUGAAAGUGUGACUUCCUUAGUUUCAAGCACAGACGGACCAAGUAUUCAUCCAUUAGAGCCUGAUUAUCGCAAUAAUCAUUCGGACAUCAUCGCGACACACAGCAGUACGGCUAGAUCCGAGUUCACGAAUAGUCAACAUAUUGAAAGUGGUUGUGUUGACGAUACCGGUGGAAAUGACGUACACACGAUAGGCGUCUGAAGAAACACAUCUGUUGGGUUCGACCAAUGUGUGAAUUCAUGCUGAUUGUCGCGUAAGAGAUAGAAUAAGAAAAACUGGAAGGAGUUUAGAAAAACUGAACAUAAUAAUGAAAUACUGAAGCGAGGCUUUUAAGUUUUGAGCGUUACUACCUUGCUUAGACGUAAUUUGGUUUGUCUGUGACCGAUUUUUCUGUAUUAAUGAAGUAACUUGUAGUUAACGUAAUUGCGCUAAUUUAAUUGUAGCAUAAACAGGUUUUAUUGCGUUGCAUCAGUAAAGUGAAUAAUUAAUUUUAGUUAAUCUUUUUGUAUUGAA